GGGGGAAGGGGCAGCCCAUCGGCGCCUCUGGCCUUCCGGCCCCGGUGACCUCGAGGCAGGGGUCGCCGCGCUUCUCACGCAAGCCUGGAUUCAGUAACCCGGGGGUAGGAGAUCAUCACACGGCAGUCCCUCCCUGCCUGCCUGGCCCUGGUCCCCUAGUAGUUAGGGGGAGGCACUUGCACGCCCAGUCUUCCAGUGGGUGUAAAAAUGAGGGUGAGGGGUCCCCGUGCCCGGAGAUGGAGGUCCUCCAUACCCUCUCUUCUGGCUGUCCUGGGACUUCUCCCUAAACCCCCUCCUCAGCUGGCCUCUGCGCUGUCCAUGGGGUACGUUGGAACUGGGGAUCCCAGGUGUCCCCAGCCCUCGCCCCUAUAUGUGCCGGCACUUGGAUGAGGCGACUCCAUAGUGGGUUCUCACCUGUCUCCGUGCGUCCCCCCUCCUCCACUUCCCCUCCACCCUAGAGCGACCAUCCUCCUCAGGCCGCCCCUCCCUCGGUUCCAUCCCAGCGCCAAGGGGCGUGGCCACGCCAGUAAACCGCCUAUAAAGGUGGCAGUGCCUUCACCCUCGCCCUGAAGGUGACAGUUCCUUGGAGCCUUCCCUGAUCUUCUUUGGGGUCCCUGGCUUCAGAGACCAUUCUUCCCAGCUCAGCAGCACAGCCACAGCAGCUACCUUACCAUCUGUAUGCUGAUCAUGUUUUCUGUGUUCGGACUCACCAUCCCCAUCUCCGCCACCAAGCUUCUCCUGACCUCUGCCAUCUUCUGUCUGGUAUUCUGGGCAGUCAGGGCCUGGCGGCCUCGGGUCCCCAAAGGCCUGAAGAGUCCACCGGGGCCCUGGGGCUGGCCCCUGCUCGGGCACAUGCUGACCUUGGGGAAGAGCCCUCACCUGGUCCUGUCACAGCUGAGCCAGCGUUAUGGGGAUGUGCUGGAGAUCCGCAUUGGCCGCACGCCCGUGCUGGUGCUCAGCGGCCUGGACACCAUCCGUCAGGCCCUGGUGCGGCAGGGUGAUGAUUUCAAGGGCCGGCCUGACUUCUACAGCUUCACCCUGAUCUCUGAUGGUCAGAGCAUGACCUUCAACCCAGACUCUGGACCAGUGUGGGCUGCCCGCCGGCGCCUGGCCCAGAAUGGCCUGAAGAGUUUCUCCAUCGCCUCAGACCCGACUUCCUCAUCCUCCUGCUACCUGGAGGAGCAUGUGAGCAAGGAGGCUGAAUACCUCAUUAGCAAGUUCCAGGAGCUGAUGGCUAAGGUUGGACACUUUGACCCCUAUAGGUAUGUAGUGGUGUCAGUGGCCAACGUCAUCUGUGCCAUGUGCUUUGGUCGGCGCUAUGACCACGAUGACCAAGAGCUGCUUAGCAUAGUCAACCUGAGUAAUGAGUUCGGGGAGAUAGCUGGAUCCGGAAGCCCGGCUGACUUCCUCCCUAUCCUCCGUUACCUGCCCAACCGUGCCCUGGAUACCUUCAAGGACCUGAAUAAGAAGUUCUUCAUCUUCAUGCAGAAGAUGGUUAAGGAACACUAUAAAACAUUUGAAAAGGGCCACAUCCGGGACAUCACAGACAGCCUGAUUGAGCACUGUCAGGACAAGAGGCUGGAUGAGAAUGCCAAUAUCCAGCUGUCGGAUGCGCAAAUUGUUAAUGUCGUCUUGGACCUCUUUGGAGCUGGGUUUGACACAGUCACAACUGCCAUCUCCUGGAGCCUCCUGUACCUGGUGAGAAGCCCCAGUGUACAGAAAAAGAUCCAGGAGGAGUUAGACACAGUGAUUGGCAGGGAGCGGCGGCCCCGGCUCUCCGACAGACUCCAGCUGCCCUAUAUGGAGGCCUUCAUCCUGGAGACCUUCCGACACUCCUCCUUUGUCCCCUUCACCAUCCCCCACAGUACAACCAGAGACACAAGUCUGAGUGGCUUUUAUAUCCCCAAGGGGCGUUGUGUCUUUGUGAACCAGUGGCAGAUCAACCAUGACCCAAAGCUGUGGAACAACCCAUCUGAGUUCCAGCCAGAACGGUUUCUCAGCCCCGAUGGCACUAUCAAUAAGGCGCUGAGCGAGAAGGUGACUCUGUUUGGCCUGGGCAAGCGGAAGUGCAUUGGUGAGACCAUUGCCCGCUUCGAGGUCUUUCUCUUCCUGGCCAUCCUGUUGCAGAAGGUAGAAUUCAGCGUGCCACCAGGCGUGAAGGUGGACAUGACCCCCAUCUAUGGGCUGACCAUGAAGCAUGCUCGCUGUGAGCACUUCCAGGCUCAGGUGCGCUCCUAGGACACUGAGAGCCCUGAACCCUGGACUCUGUCUUCCUGGCCCAGCUGCCCAGGCAGGCCAUGGGGCUGACCUUGGGAGGUCUAAGCUUUGGCCUGAAACCCACAGAUAUUGGCCUGGCUGAUUUUUUGCUGCCUGGCUGCAAGCAAGCCUGAGGGAUCGUGCCUGCCCCCUACCAUGGACUUUCCCCUCUGCAUACUGACUGCAGACAGUUGACACUGCAGGGGCCACACAGGAGUUGAUGGCACCUUCUGAAGUAGUGCUUGAGAUAGGAGGCCUGUAGGGUUGGGAGGUUCUCAGGCCUCUGGAAACCUCUGAGGACCUCUCUGGAAGCCCCUCUCUGGCUGGCUCUCUGUCGGGGCUGACUGGCUUGAGAAACAUUGAGAACAACCCAACCAAGAUCUGUCCAAUCUCUUUGCCAAUUGGGAACCAUCAAGAGUGAAGGGAAGAGGCAGCCCAGGAGACUGGCACAGAGGUGGUCUCCCCACUUAGACAAAGCCAAGCAAUCUGAUUACACUGGUCUGAGACCCUGUGCCUGUGGGGAUUGACUUCCUCUCUACAGGCAGCAACAGAGCUGCCUCCUGGCCUUGAAAGGCAUUGUUUCUGUCCAGGAGGAGCAAGGGGCUGUGUCUUAGAGGAGCAGAGAGCAGAGGCACCAGGACCAGGUCUUGAAUGAGGGGUGGUAAUUCAGUCAUCUUCUACUGGUCUCCUUUCUCUAUGCCCUGUAUUAACAUGUCUUUUUAAAACAUUUGUAUGCAAGGAGCUUUUCAUUUUAACCAGCAUUUAUACUUGCAUGUUUGCGUUUAUCAUGUAAGCACUUAAGAACAAUUUAUUGAAUGCAAUAGAGAAAAUUCAUACCCAUACAUCCAGAAACGUGUAAGAAACAUCUCCCUGAACUAAAUAAAGACAUUAUCCAGAAGUCCUA